AUGGAAGAGAAAAACUUCACCGAAGUGAAGGAGCUCAUAAUUUUAGGGUUCACAGUCAGCUCGAGGUUACAGAGAGGGCUCUUUUUCAUCUUCCUGGUCAUUUAUGUCAUCAGUCUCUUAGGAAACAUCACCCUGAUUUCUCUGAUCUGUGCUGAUUCACGGAUCCACACACCCAUGUAUUUCUUCAUUGGGAACCUGUCAUUCCUGGAUCUCUGGAUCUAUACCCAGAAGAUCCCAGUGACCUGCAUCUCUGAGGACAAAAGCAUCUCUUUGCUGGCUUGUCUGGCUCAGUUCCUCUUCUCUGCUGGGCUGGGAUACAGUGAGUGUUACUUGUCUGCCAUGGCUUAUGACCGCUAUGUGGCCAUUUCCAAUCCCCUGCUUUAUUCCCAAGCUAUGUCCCCAAGGUUAUGUACCAGUCUUGUUGCAGCUUCAUACCUUGGUGGCUUUAUUAGCUCAAUCAUCAUCACCAGUGAAACAUUUACCGUGAACUUCUGUGGCAACAAUAUCAUUGACGAUUUCUUCUGUGAUCUUCCCCCACUUGUGAAGUUGGCAUGUGAUGUGGACAGUUCCCAGGCUGUGCUAUAUUUCAUACUUGCCACCAGCGUCAUUACUCCCACUGUAGUCAUCCUUGCCUCCUACCUCUUCAUCAUUGCCUCUGUCUUGAAGAUUCGUUCCACCCAAGGCUGCCUCAAGGCCUUCUCCAUUUGUGGCUCUCACCUGACAGCAGUCACCUUGUACUAUGGCUCCAUUCUCUUCAUUUACUGCAGGCCAAGCACUAGCUAUGCUCUUGAAUGGGAUAAAUUAGUGUCAGUGCUCUGUACUGUGGUGUUUCCAGUGUUGAACCCCUUGAUCUAUAGCUUAAGGAAUAAAGAUGUCAAAGAUGCCCUGAAGAAAAUGUUAGACAGAGCAAAAUUUUCUUAA